AUGAGUACGUCUAUCGCGACCACGAGAUGGAUCGAAGACGAGGACGAGGUCGAAGUCAAAGUCGAGAUCGAGGUCGAAGUCGAAAUAGGAGUCGAGGUCGAUCUCGUGGUCGAGGAAGGACAAGAGAAAGGUCAAGGUCACUCUCGACGCGCGGACGGAGCCGGUCGUCAACGAAUUCAAGCGGCCGGAUUACAACGUACGACGGCGACGACAACAACGAGGAGGAGAGGGAACACGAAGAAUGGACAUGGCCACGGAGACGGACACCGGCUCGCCACCACUAUUGGGGAGAUUGCAGACGUGAUCACCGUGAUCGAUCGGAAGAUUGGAGGACAACAUGGUGGUGGUGGUGGUGGCCAACUACUACACGAGACCACGGGGGAGAACGAGGCUGGGGACGACGACGACGACGACGACACCCUGCUUGCGGCGGCGACGAGAAGAUUCAGAUUCGAGAAAAGGAGAUUGAGUAUGACGACGGAACUUCCGAGAUUCGCGUCUACGCGUUCAGGGAUGGCGAGGAAGAAGAGCGCCGAGGUCGAUGUAGGGAUGGUCAUGGCCGUGGUCAGAAUCGUCACUACUUCACCGUUGAUGGGUUCGGUGGAUACGGUGAUGACCGCGACGACAAAAGGGACCUGGAAAGACAAAGGAGGCGGGCAGAAUGGUACAUGA